UUCCUAUGUGUCCAGCUUGUGCGUAAAAGGAGGGAGAUUAAUCCUCUGUGUUUGAUUGACAGCGCUGCCAUGACAACCCAGCAUCAGCACCAGAUUGUCCAAUGAGGAGUCAGAUUCAGAGUCCCUCCCUGACUCCCAGGUGAAGCUAAAGAGUCAGACUUUCAGCACAUUUUCUGUCAGACUCUGGUUCCACUCUGUUAAUCCAGAUGGUGUUCAGAUCUCCUCUCGACUUUUUCUCAUCAUCCCGGAUCCUCUUGGAUGGGACCCCUCAUCUGGACCCUCCUCCAUCCUCAUCCUCCUCCAUGGCUCUCCCGGGGAUGUGUUUCUCCGCGGCGCAGAUCGCCAGCGUGUGCGAGACUCUGGAGGAGACCGGAGACGUGGAGCGUCUGGCCCGGUUCCUCUGGUCGCUCCCGGUGACCGCAGACGGCCGUGACUCCAUCUCUAAUCACGAGUCCGUGCAGCGAGCUCGCGCCGUGGUCGCCUUCCACACCGGGAACUUCCGCGAGCUCUACCGCAUCCUGGAGACGCAUCGCUUUACGCGCGCCUCGCACGGUAAGCUGCAGGCCAUGUGGCUGGAGGCGCACUACCGGGAGGCGGAGAAGCUCCGGGGGAGACCGCUGGGACCGGUGGACAAGUACCGGGUGAGGAAGAAGUUCCCGUUACCGAGGACCAUCUGGGACGGAGAGCAGAAGACGCACUGCUUCAAGGAGCGGACCCGGGGUCUGCUCAGAGAGUUCUACCUGCAGGACCCGUACCCGAACCCGGGCAAGAAGAGGGAGCUGGCCAACCGGACCGGACUCACACCGACUCAGGUCGGGAACUGGUUCAAGAACCGGAGACAGAGAGACCGAGCGGCUGCAGCCAAGAACAGGUUGCAUCACCAUCGGAUGUGUCCAGACGGUGCGCGGUCACUUAGCGGAGGAGAGUGCAGUCCAGACGAAAGCGGCGAGCGCGCAGAUGGAGAAACUCUUCUCUCAGUAACGGACAGUGACUCUGACUUGGAUGUUUGAGACUUAAAAUGGACUUUUGGUGGGGCCUGUGAUGGUCCAUCGUGGAUUACCAGAGAGAGAAAGAGGAUGAUCAUCAGGGUUUGGGUUGCAAUAAAUGUUCAGGGCAUAAAAACAGCUUCAUCCUAAAUGUUACCCACCACACAGAUGAUGUUACACGUUACAUGAAGAUUUUGUUCUUUUGUUUCCUGAGAAUAUAUGAUUUGUUUUUGUCUAUGCUGCUGUUUUUUUGAUCACCACACCCACAUUUUUUGUAUUUUUAUCACUGGAUGGUGACAGUGCACAUCUGCUGACAUCUUAUGAUUAAACAGACAUGAAGCUGGGGACUCCUGUUGGACUUAAGGGGAGGACCCUUUACAGACUGAAACCUGCCAGUGAGCUAAUCACUCUUAUUUUCUCUUAAUUAUGUGUCAUUAUUAUUUUUCUCUAGAAGACCCCUGGAUGUCCUCUGCUGUAGACAAUCAAUACGCACUGAAGCCUCCUCUCUGGCUGCUUGUAUGUUUUUUUGUUUCUUUUACCUUCAACUUUAUUUAAAGUUCACAGAGUUCACUGUGCAGUCUGUGUGUCGUACUUCAUGUUCAAUUUGAUGCUGAGUAAA